GCGACCAAAGAAAAUGUGCACUUUUCCGCAGGCCGUCUACGAAAACAGGACGAUAUGCAAAUUCCGUUGUGGGAAAUCGCACUGGGUUCGUUUCAGGACCUUCAGAAGGCCCGUUUUGCCGAUAAAGAGAUUGGCACGACGUUUCCUGGGGAAGGAACCGACCUGCACGCAGCACAUCGGAUUGGUUCGUCUUCCAAAGCUACCUCUCCCUCUGCUGGAGCAGACUCUGGCCAAGUACGAGAAAACCAUGCAGCCUCUCCUGGAUGAGAAGGGACAGAUGAAACUGAGGAACAUCAUAAGGGAGUUUGGGGAGAAGCUGGGUCCUCGGCUACAACUCUAUCUUCUCGAACAACAGAGAUUGAAGGAGAACUGGGCUUACGACUACUGGUUAAACGACAUGUACCUGAAAAACCAAAACGCUCUUCCGGUAAACUCCAACCCUGGCAUGGUUUUUCCGCCUAGAAAAUUCACCACCAUCUUGGACAUAGCAAGAUUCGCAUCCAGACUCCUAGAAGCUGCACUAGACCACAAGGCGAUACUGAACAGAAGAGAUCUACCAGUAGAAAAAGCAACUUCCAGAGAACCAGGACAACCACUCUGUAUGGCGCAGUAUUAUAGAAUCUUAGGGUCUUGUAGGAUACCCGGAGAAUACGGGGAUUCCCAGUAUAUAAGCCCCAAACCAGCUCCUAACGAAAUGGUUAACGAACACGUCAUAGUAAUUUGUAGAAGUCAAUUGUAUUGUGUUCCAGUGCAAGCUUGUGACAGGGGAAGGUUGUCCGAAGAUGAGUUAUGCUCUCAGCUUCUACACAUACUAGAUGACGCACCUUGCCUCAACAAUCCACCUCCUGUGGGUCUCCUAACUGGUUGGAAAAGACCAUUGUGGGCGGAAGCCAGAGCUUCCUUAGCGCACGAUGAAAGAAACAGGAGGAACUUGGACCUCAUAGCUAAAUCAUUACUAGUGAUAUGUUUGGAUGAAGCUCUUCCUCCAAGCUUCAACUGUCGCCUCCACAGGGGCGCCAAGGGUCACUCUGCAGGUAACCGAGAUGAGGCCAACUUAUCAGCCCAGAUGCUCCAUGGUGGCGGCAGCGGCUUCAACUCUGCCAACAGAUGGUUCGAUAAGACCAUACAAAUCAUAAUAUCAGGAGAUGGAGCCUGUGGUCUCUGCUACGAACACUCGUCAGCCGAGGGAGUCACCGUCAUCAACCUCAUGGAGAAGCUUUGGGAUUACGCCGAUAGUAAGAUGGGAGAGAAUGACGUUCCCGCCUCGUCCAUCGCUCAUCUACCGCCUCCAGAAAGACUGGAGUGGAAUCUCACGAAAGAGGACUACGCGAAUAUGGAGGAAGCUGCCAAGUUCCUGGAUAAUCUCGUGAAAGAUCUGGAUUUCCAAGUCUUCAGGUUCAACAACUACGGGAAAAAUUUCAUCAAGUCCUGCAACGUCAGUCCUGACGUUUAUAUCCAGUUGGCUUUGCAGCUGGCCUAUUAUAGGUUGUAUGGAAAGUUGACUGCCACUUACGAAAGCGCUUCUACCAGAAGAUUUGCCUUGGGGAGGGUUGACUGCAUUCGUUCAGCUAGUCCAGAAGCUCUGGCCUGGGUCACUGCCAUGUCCCAGUUGAAGGAAGAUGACAUGCUCAACAAGAAAGUAACCUUCCAUCUAGUCAGUGACGAGGAGAAGUUGAAACUUUGGAAUGAGGCGGUCAUGCAGCAAACCAGGGAGAUGGUGGAUAACAUCCUAGGACAAGGUAUCGAUAUCCACCUUUUAGGGCUCAGGGAAGCAGCCAGGGAGACUUCGCCACACGCCAAUUACCCCCUCCCUGAAAUAUUCACGGAUGGUUCUUAUAGGUUGGCCAAUAAGUUUUUGUUGAGUACCAGCCAGGUCUCCACCAGUGGUGAUAGUUUCAUGGGAUACGGUCCUGUGGAGCAGAAUGGAUAUGGCGCUUCUUACAACCCCAAAGCUGAUUGUAUUAUUUUUUGUCUUUCCGCCUUUUGGUCUUCGGAAGUGACCAGUACUUCCAGGUUUGCCCAGGCCCUUGAAGAAAGUCUGAAUAUGAUGCAAGCCCUUCUUACUAGACCCCAAUAAAAAUAGUAAAGAACAAAUUA